AUGCGGUGCUCAUUGCUACUCGCCGUGGUUGUCGGCUUCGCGGCUGCGGAAGAUGGCCUGGCCGGAUGGCUUCGUUAUGCCCCGAUCAAGGGAGCCAAACCCCAUUCCUACAAGCUCCCAUCUGCCAUUGUUACCCUCAACGCGACUGAGGGGUUGCCCGUCUUCACGGCCGGCCAAGAGCUCUCCCAGGGCAUCGAAGGCAUUUUCGGGAAGAAAUUGGACGUGGAAGCCGCCAAAGACGUCGGCAGCCAUGAAAAGAAGCACACCACCACGGCCACCGUGGGAACUGUCACGGCCUACACCGAGAGCGACCCAGACGCGGCAGCCGACCUGCCAGAGCUCCUCGACGACGGCUUCUACCUCCGCGUGUCCGAUGGCAACGUCCUGAUCCUAGGCCAGAACGAGCGCGGCACGCUGUACGGCGCGUUCCACUACCUCUCGCUGUUGGCCCGGGGCAACACAUCCGACGUGACGGUGACCUCGAACCCGGAUGCGCCGAUCCGCUGGGUCAACCAGUGGGACAACAUGCAAGACGGUGGUACCCACGGGAGCGUUGAGCGCGGCUACGGGGGCGACUCCAUCUUCUUCUGGGACGGCAAAGUGCGCGACGACCUCACUCGCGCGGGGCAGUACGCGCGCCUGCUAGCCUCGAUCGGGAUCAACGCCGCCGUGGUCAACAAUGUCAACGCCGAUGCCAAAACACUGACGCCGGAGAACAUGGAUGGCCUGGGCCGCAUCGCCGAUGCCUUCCGGCCGUACGGCGUGCAGCUCGGCCUGUCGCUCAACUUCGCCUCGCCCAACACCCUUGGUGGACUCAACACGUUCGACCCCCUGGAUGAGAAGGUCAUCCAGUGGUGGAAGGACAUCACGGAUGACCUGUAUGAGCGGGUGCCUGACAUGGCUGGCUAUCUCGUGAAGGCCAACUCCGAGGGCCAGCCCGGCCCCAUGACCUACAACCGCACGCUGGCCGAGGGCGCGAACCUGUUUGCGCACGCGCUCAAGCCGCACGGCGGUACCAUCGUCUUCCGCGCGUUUGUUUACGACUCAACCUCGCUCAACGAGACGCUCGACUGGAAGGCGGACCGGGCGAACGCGGCCGUGGAAUACUUUGAUGGGCUCGACGACAAGUUCGAAGACAACGUGGUGAUCCAGAUCAAGUACGGCCCGAUCGACUUCCAGGUGCGCGAGCCCGUGUCGCCGCUGUUCACUAAGCUCGUCCAAACCCCGACCGCCAUCGAGCUGCAGAUCACCCAGGAGUACCUCGGCCAGCAGGCGCAUCUGGUGUACCUGGCUCCGAUGUGGAAGGAGAUCCUCGACUUUGACUUCCGCGCCGAGGGGAAGCCCUCGCGCACGCGUGACAUCAUCAACGGCGAGCGCUUCCACCACCGCCGCGUCGGCGGUUACGCAGGUGUCGCCAACGUCGGCACCAACACGACCUGGCUCGGCAGCCACCUGGCCAUGUCCAACCUGUUUGCAUUUGGCCGGCUCGCCUGGAACCCGUCGUUGACCUCCGACGGUAUCCUCGAGGAAUGGAUCCGGCUGACCUUUAGCGCCGACCAAAAGGUCAUCGACGUCAUCAGCGACCUCUCCAUGGUCUCCUGGCCAACCUACGAGAGCUACACCGGCAACCUAGGCAUUCAGACCCUCACCGACAUCCUCCUCGGCCACUACGGCCCCAACCCAGCCUCGCAAGACGGCAAUCCCUGGGGCCAAUGGACCCGCGCCGACGCCUUCAGCAUCGGCAUGGACCGCACAGUCUGGAACGGCACCGGUUUCGCCGGCCAAUACCCGGCCGAAAUCGCCGCCCGCUACGAAGACAUCGCCACCACCCCCGACGACCUCCUCCUCUGGUUCCACCACGUGCCCUACACGCACGUGCUCAAAUCCGGCAAAACCGUCAUCCAGCACUUCUACGACUCCCACUACGACGGCGCCGCUGUAGCCCAAACCUUCCCGGACCUCUGGGAAACCCUGCGCGGUCGCAUCGACGACGAGCGCUUCGAGCACAUCCUCUUCCGCCUCGUCUACCAAGCUGGCCACGCCCUCAUCUGGCGCGAUAGCAUCAACAACUUCUACCACAACAAAUCCGGGAUCGCCGACGCCGACAACCGCGUGGGCAACCACCCUUACCGCAUCGAAGCCGAAUCCAUGACCCUGACCAACUACAUCCCCUAUACCGUGUCCCCCUUCGAAGCCGCCAGCGGCGCCCAGUUCAAAGCCAUCGUCACCAAAUCCAACACCACCAGCCCGACCACCAUCGGCACAGCCUCCACCAAGCUCCAGCACAUCGCCACAGGCACAUAUGACGUGGCCGUGAACUACUACGACAUGGCCAUUGGCAAUUCCACGUGGGAAUUGUACAUCGGUUGUGAUCGUGUGGGUCAGUGGCACGGGGAUCUGGAGUAUAAUCUGGGCCGGGCGCCCUCGCCGUAUAUUGAUGGGCAUACGGCAACGCGGGUGACGUUUAAAGGCGUGAGUAUUAAGAAGGGAGCGACGUUGAAGAUUGUUGGACGGCCGGAUGGGUUGGAGCCGGCGCCGUUGGAUUAUGUGUCGAUUUUGCCGGAGGGGAUUGUGGAUUAG